GUAACUUCAAGAGUAGACGUGGAGCACGUCCAGGCCAGAACGGCAACCGAACUGCGAAUUGCAAACUCAAACCGGUGCGCGCUCUAGUGCCUUCAGACAUGUCGGCAACAGACAACUGUGCUGCCAUGGGCCGCCAGCAUGAAAUAAUGGCGCUGGUGGACUCGCUGGACGCCGCACUUGCGGACAUGCUCCCCCGCGUGGGCGAUCCAACCUCGGCCCAACGAGCUGCUGAUGCGGUGCGGACGUUCUCGGGCGCUGUCGGGCAGCUCGACAGCUUCCUGCUGCAGCUCCAGGAGCUGCAGCCGGCGCCGCGUGGGCCUGACGCUGCCCAGAAGCAAGAGGUUGAGGAGCUUAAGGCGGAGCUGCAGGAGAAGGACCGGCUGAUUGCUCACGCCAAGGAGCAGAUUGCGCGCUGGCAGGCCGUCAUCCAGCAGCAGGAGCAGCUGCAGGAGGCCACCCUAUUCGCCGGCCUGGGCAGCUGAGCCGUUACGAGCAGCUGCAGCCGCCGCCGCACACACGCUCCCGAAGCUGUGCCGGCGCCAUCACAAGCAGAGACCCUGCGUAGCAUCUGCCGGCUUGGGCCGCAGCACCACGGCCCUGCAACGCUUUGUCCAGAACGACACCGGC